UUGCAGAACAAAUUUUUUGUUGAUAUAUAGAUGACCAAUCUUCAGCUGAUACUCCAGUUUUGUGAGUUGAUUUUACUGCAGGAGAUUGUGUUGUUAUCGUUGCUGGAAGUUGUAUCCUUCUGAUGAUUCUGUCGAUUCUCCCAAUUUUAAGUGGGGGAUUUUUCUCUGCUAGUUUUUCUCGGCUUUUGUUUCUCGGUUUUUUAGUUCCCGGUUUUGUACUUCCCUCUCCAUUAUUAAAAAAAAAAUUUUUUUUUUUUUUUAGUCAAGUCCUUGUUUUUUUUUUAGAAUGGGCUUUUGCUAUUUUUUAG